AUGGAUACUUAUGCUAAUAUGUACAAGAACGUUUUCAUGCCUCUAAAACCAUCACUAAGUUUACUAGCAAGCAAUAAUGACGGUGCUGGCAAUCAGCAAUUUCGUCUAUACAUUUGGCUCAAUAAUGUGACAACAUACUAUUUGGUCGUAACCACAAAUGAACCUAUUGUUACAGCACAAUUUGCUGUGAUUGCAACUGGUUUAGGAUCAGUGACAUUUUCACCAAUCAAUGCAUCAGGUAAGAGCCGGACUUAUUUCAGCAGACUUCCUCAGUUAAGCAAAACACUGAUGAGAAGAUAAAUGUAAAAAGAUAUAAAGGGUACUGAAUUCACCACCGUAGAUAAACUCAUUUAUAGGAGUGGCACUCUAACUUUAAGCUUUUGAUGAUAAACUUUGUUAGAUUUGCAGUAAACUAACUUAAAUGUAAAACUCAUAUUUAAUUUAACGUGUUGCAAGAAUCAGAUAUAAACUUGAAGUGAAAGC